CAAGUUGUAUUCAAUUUAAUUCUAGAUACCUAGGUAUUCACUAUUCUGUAAAAAUUUACAAUUGGCAUGAAAAAAUAAAAAGGAUUGUUGCUAUGGUUACAAAAUGAAACGAAAAAUAUGUCUUAUCGAUAAUUUCGAAACAUGCAAAGAAGUUUUCAGAGAAAAGUUAAAUAAGAAAUUAAGCGAAAACAUGUAUAUGAAUACGAUUUGGUAUAAGUCAUUGCUAAAUGCAGACAAAUCUUGUAUCAAAGAAGAAAAGAUUAGAAAAAUUCAUUAUAAAUUCGAUGAUGAUAGAGAAAUGGUAGAGGAAUACAACACAGAUACCAAGGUUCUUUUGCGAAGAGCUUGGAAGGUAAAGGGUAAGCUAGGAUGUGACGGAAAAUGGGAUGUUGAAGUCGGAGACCCCAUACCAGAAGCUGUUAUCUCUAAUGACUGUGCUGAUAUUAUAGAGAGCAAAGACCAGCCAGUAGUCACAAGGCGCAAUACUAGAGUAAAUUUAGAAUGGAGGAUAAGAAAUUUACCAUAUCCAAUUGAGACAUAUUGCAUUAAAGCCAACAAUGAUGAUAAAUGUAUUAUUGUCAGUACAACAAACAAAAAAUAUUAUAAAAAGCUUCAGGUCCCCGAACUCAAGAGGCUUGGUCUCAAUGUAGAUCAAGCAAAUAUCCAAUCAUCACAUAAGUUUAACACAUUGAUAAUUAUGUAUAAGAAACCACAACAGCUACUAGACAUGGAGAUGGAAUGGUUCAAAGAAGUGGAAAAGGUGAAACCAAUAAAAGACAUACCAAAUGAAUGCAAAACUCAUUGAGUCAAACAUUGGAUUUAAUUAAUAAAUUGGGUUGCACAAAAUAUAAUUAUGUGAACACAUUUUAAAUCAAAUAA